GUCAACAUGUUAUCGUCUGUCCUGCUGCUGCUGCUUCUGAUCAGCGGGUCACAGGCUGAUUAUUAUGGCUUUGUGUACAGCUACUCAGCUAAAGACCUCCAAGCAGGCGGAUUCCCGACCGUGGCUCGCUACCUGUACAGCUUCAGCACAUGUGCAGAGGUUGAUGCACAGGUUUGUGGAAACGGCUGCAAUUUUUCAGAGAUAACCUUGAACAAAAUCCAGGAAAUCAGCGGCGAAUGGUGUCAGAAAGAAAGACUGGUUACCAGUGUGAAUAAUGGGAGCCAGCUGAGUCAGUUUGGGUUUUCUGGUGGGAACUGGACAGACAACAGGAAUGGGAUUGUUUUGUUCAGAGUCCAAAUGCAGGAUGAGGGAGGAAUCCGCUCCGAUACCGGCAAACCCAACACAUCUCCACUGACCACGGUCCUUCCUGUUCUGAGAGUUCCUUCUAAUUGUCAGAGAAACAUCAGCUUGUUGGCAUUUGACCCGGAUGGAGAUGAAAUAAGAUGCAGAGAUGCACAAAAUGCAUCCGAGUGUGACGUCUGCACACCGGCACCUGUCAUCGACCUCUCAUCCUCGUGUGCUCUGACAUUCAGCCCCACCAGCAGCAGUAAUGAAGGUUCGUACGCCGUGCAGCUCAUGAUGGAGGACGUUGCCGGACAGACGAUCACCUUGACUCAAGCAAAUGGUGGAAUGUCACAGAGGUACACAGGAGACGUCCUCAACAAGAUACCUGUCCAGUUUGUUUUUAAAGUCUUGUUCUCUGUCAUUCAGUCCCACCAACAGCAGUGCUGAAGGUCCGUUUGCGGUUCAGAUGAUGGUGGAGGAUUUUCACUCGACAGACAAUAACGGUUCACAGGAAGUGAAAACUAACAGCGACGCCAUCAGCAGAAUCCCUGUCCAGUUUGUUUUCAGAGGAAAAGCUGCACAGAUCGAUCAGAUUGAUUUGGACCCACAGAGAGGAAUUUAUAUUCAUGCUAAUGUUGAAUCUGUUGGUAAAUAUUUGAAAUAUCAAUAAUUACUACACAUUAAUAUAGACACUUUUCACCUAAACUACAUGAAGGAAUGUAACAAAACUAAAUUUAACCUCAGGUGAGCUGGAGAAAUAUCUGGUGGAUGAAAUAUUUACCUUCCAACCAACAGCUGGAUAUUAUUUAGGUUUACAAAUAGCAACCACAAAACCAACAUUUUUAUUUUAAAUUAAC